UUGUUUCGUAUAUCAAACAAUACUGGCAUGACUUCUGUCGUGCAUAGCUGAGAAAGUCGGAAUACAAAAACAUCCCUCUGGCAGUGAGAAUAGAGCUUUUACAAUGCUGGCAAAAUACCGGCAGGACAUAUUUUGAUGAGCGAUAUUGGAAAGCAGCUUCGGAGUCAAGUUUUAACGCAAAACACAUGUGGAAUUGCUGCAUAAUUUGCCUCCUACGCAUUCGCAAGGCUUAGUGGGAAAAUUUAAAGAUGGCUACCGAAGAAACGGACUUGUUUAUGUCCGUGAAGCUUGAGGAUAGCCGGAGGUUAUGUAAAGUGUCCGUCUCCUCACAAACGACAGGGCAGAAUAUCAUUGAAUUGCUGAAACCUGAUGACGACAAUGUUUAUUACUUGGUUGAACUUUGGAAAGGAUGUGAACGGCCAAUCGCAAAUGAAGAAAAACUGAAGAAUGUGUUGUUUCAAUGGGGAAGCGACAUCGAUGAUGUUGUAUUUAUGUUGAAAAGAAAACAUUCUACCCCAAGACAGAAGCAGACAAGGUCACCACGCAAUUCUCCUGUACAAGAUCAGCUCCAAGGGAAACAGCAGAAAGUCAAAAACCUUGAGGAAGAACUUCAACAGAAAGGGAAACAUCUCAAAUCCUUGCGAAACAAGGAGACAUCGAAGAACAGCUUAAGGACAAAAUACGUCAAACUGUUGGAGUCGAGAGUUAUCGAACAGGAAGACAAAUUGAGCAGUUUACAAACUGUGCAAGAUGAGCUUUUCAGAACCAGAGUUGAUAAUGAAAAACUAGUUCGUGAAUUGGAACGGCUUCGUUCAAUGUUCGCCUUGAAACAUCAGCAGUUGGCUGAAGCGACAGCUCGUGUCGAACUGUUGACUAGAGAGCUAGCAAGAACCACGCAACCACAAGAUUUUGUUGAUGGUAACGUUUCAACUCUUGAACGAAACAAACGGUACACAACGACAACCCAAGCAGACCUUCACAAAAAGCACUUCGUGAACCAACAUGGGCAGCGUUUGACCGAAGCCCAGUUAUUACAGUUGCAAGCGAAUAUGGGAUACCCAGCGAGUGGCAUUUACCAGAAUGGACAACCCGGCAAGGAUAUCCUCUUCUUGAAGCAUGGUAUUUUGCAAGAGCACGACGACCUGAACAGCCUGUUGUCAUGGCAAAAUGACGAAGAGAACGACACGGAAACGAGCGCGGAUUCCGGGCACGUCUCGAAUGAUUCGCCAUCCUAUCAGAACAGACUGGGUCCGAAUUUUCAAUUUUACCCCAACCCCCCGGAGAUGUAUUGUGCGAAAGUUGAGCGGUUCGAUUUUGACCAAGAUCUUGGUGAGGCUUUGAAGAGCAACCAGGGGGGUGUCGGACCCGAUGCUCGGGAGCUAUCCGAAGUCAACGGAUUAUCUGGUUUGCAACAGAGGUACAAGUCGCAUUCCAAGCCAGCAUUCCAACCCCCCGUAAAGUCGAAUCCGGCCCCGCAACUUUUUGUCAACACUGACUUCAAGCAGGGGGGUGUCGGACCGUUCCUGAGACAACAGCAGCAAAUGAACCGCGGGUCUCCUCUGUCGACGUCAUCAUUAUCGUCGAUUUCUUCCGAAUCAUCAAGGAACAGCAUCUCGUACCCAGGAAAAGACCCGACAAAACCGAUGACCGACUCUCUGGCGAAGCCUUCAUCUGGUCAGGUGAAUAUAAACAAUGACAGGUUUAAGUCCAACCAGAAUCCAGUUGAAAACCUGCCCGAUGCAGGCUUCAAGAAGUCGAACACGGGCUCGCGGGCAAACACUCCUACGAUCGAACAAAAGCCUUUCCUCCCUAGCGAGACUGCUUCUGACGCUUCGGCUCGCUCGGCCGGCUCGAUAUCCCUUUAUCACAGGAAUCGGGAAGGCUCGCUCGAAAACUCAAGUCCUUUACAGCUUGGAUCGUUCGCAAAGGAACGAACUCCGUCGCAAACCAGCAGCAGCAGUUCGGAGAACUCAAGCAUCCGUGCAAGAACGCCGUCGAUCGAGAAACCUCCUGUGCCAAACACGUUGAACAUUGCCAAAGCAAAUGAUGCUAAAAGCAGUCGUUUGUCGCCAACGGUUAGUGAAGCGGGGAAUAGAGACAAAAUCAAGAAACAAAAUGCACAAAUAAAACCGAUGGAUUCCCCAACGGCAAAUAACCGAUCCAUAGAACAAAAUGGACGCUCGUCUCCAAUGGUGCUUAACUUGGCAACACAGAGCGCAAAAAGUCCGACAAAACAAAAUUUAAAUCGUAAAUCUCCGACGAUUACAGAUCACCCAAUAUCUCGCGUGAAUGACCCCAAGGGUUAUACUUCCCCUGGGAAUUAUGACUCCAAAAUAGGUUCCUCCGGUAGGGUGUUCGACGCCGGUAGAUCCGUUGACCCCAAGGGUCAACUUGGAAUUUUCGACCCCAAGGCGGAUUCGUCCGACCGGGUGAUCGACAGCAAGGGUCGAACCUCCCCUCGGGUUCCAGACUCGGGCGUGGAAGCGACAGUGCCUGAUUCUCUACGUAAAUCCGAAAAGGGAAGUUUGAAUCCGACGCCCAUGUCUUCCCCGGGGGUGCAGGAGAUUUUGAACGACAUGAAUGCGAUGAAAGUCACCGCGCGUGAAGUAAAACCGAUUCAAAUACAGACCAGAGCAGAAAAAGACUCCGAUAAUAACAUUCCUGUCUUAAAAUCAUCCGAGAAAUCAGCCAGUACGGUUGCAAAAAAGCACGUUUACAAACCUCCCAAACCGCUGCCGAGAAAGCGAACGAAAACACCACCGGCUCGAAGUUCCGGUAGUGAGGCCAAUCCCGCAGUGACGUCUUCGCAAGGAACCACGGUAACGAACUCGAGCAGUCAAGGCAAAAAGCCCGCCACUCAAGCACAGAAUACGGAGCAGAAGACUGGAACGAGUGUACCGAGCGAAGGACUUGGGACGAAAGCCUAUGAUUCGAUAUUAAGAAGUGCAAGAAACAAGGGAGGUAAAAAGAGCGGCAAGCGAGUUAGCUUGGAUCCACACGCAGUCUUGCUUCACGCUUCGCUUGAAGGCGAAUUGGAACUCGUCAAAAAUAUCAUUCACCAGGUCGAAGAUCCAAGUUAUCCUAACAACGAAGGCCUAACAGCCUUACAUCAUGCAGUGUGUAACAGUCACGAUGAUAUUGUGAAGUUUCUAGUGGAGUAUGGCUGUGAUAUCAAUGCCUCGGACAUGCAAGGAUGGACGUCGUUACAUUGUGCAGCGGCAAACAACAGUAUCGACAUGUGCAAGUUCCUCAUCAACAACGGCGCAUGCGUGUUUGCAGUGACAGCAAUCGAGGGCAAAACUCCGUCGCGAUGUUGCGAGAGAGAGAGUGAGAACUUCGAAAAAUGCGUGGCGUAUUUAUCAGAUAUGGAGAGCAAUUUUGGCAUAUCAAACGAGGGCGUGGUGUACGCUGUUUAUGCUUAUCAGGCCACUCGUAAAGACGAGUUGAGUUUCGAGUGUGGGGAACGGCUCACGGUCAUCCGUCGUGGUGACGUCAACGAAAAAGAAUGGUGGUGGGCACGUGACACGCGGAACCAGUUCGGAUACAUUCCGAGAAAUUUACUGGGGUUGCAUCCACCUGUCGCCCCUGAUGUUUGAGGAAUGGAACAGAAUCGUACUGACAAAAUCUGAAAUCUUACACUGAAUUAAUAUCCUUGAGAUUAUAAAUAAAGUUUAUAAUAUCUUGAAGACUCGCAAUUCAAUAGUACCUCAUCCACUCAUGAUGAAUAUAAUUUAGUUGACGCGUAUAUAUUUAAUCGAACAUAUCUAUUGUAUAAAGUGUAAAUUAAUAUAUUAACAUAUCCAAGAGUAAUGAAUCAUUUUAGCAUCGUAUUUU